GUUCUGCCUGCCCCUCAGAACCUCUCUGUCCAUUCAACCAACAUGAGGCAUCUUUUGACGUGGAUCCCAGUGACGGCGCCUGGAGGAGCAGUAAGCUACUCUGUAGAGUACCAGGGGGAGUACGAGAGCCUGUACCUGAGUGAUUGCUGGAUCCCCAGCCGCUGGUGCUCACCUACCGAAAGUUCUUCGUGCGACAUCACGGAGGACAUCACUGCCACUGUGUGGUACAACCUGCGGGUCCGAGCCACACUGGGCUCGCAGACCUCAGCCUGGAGCACCACGGAGCACCCCUUCAAUCGAAACUCAACCAUCCUCACCCCUCCAAAGAUAGAGGUCACCAACGAUGGCUCACACAUGGUGAUUGAGCUGGAAGAUCUAGGGCCUCAGUUCGAGUUCUUUGUGGUCUACUGGAGGAAGGAACCUGGUGCCGAGGAACACGUCAAAGUGGUGAAGAAUGAAGGUUUUCGAGUGUACCUGGAAACCAUGGAGCCAGGGGCCAAGUACUGUGCGAAGGCUCAGACGCUUGUGAAGGCCAUUGAGAGGUCCAGCGCCUUCAGCCGGACCGAAUGUGUUGAGGUGCAAGGACAGGCCCUCCCCAUGGUGCUAGCCCUGUUUGCAUGUGCUGGCUUUGUGCUGCUCCUUGUGGGGGUACCACUGUCCACUUGGAAAAUGAGUCGAAUGCUCCAGAACUCCUGCUGCCCCACGGUGGUCCUCCCAGACACCUUGAAAAUAACCAACUCGCCCCAGAAGUUAAUCCGCUGCAGGAAGGAAGAGGUGGAACCCUGUGCCAUCUCUGUGUUAUCUUCUGAGGAGCUCCUUGCGGCCUGGAUCUAA